AUGAUGAAGACAUUUGUUAUCCUAUCGAUAUUGGUAGCUUUGGCCAGCGCCGAAUUGCAUCGUGUGUCAGUGCACAAAGAGCAGAAUUUUAUUAAGACACGUGAGAAUGUGUUGGCCGAGAAGGCCUACCUGCGCACCAAAUAUCGUCUACCCACGACCAGAGCUGUGAAUGAGGAGCAGCUGUCGAACUCAUUGAAUAUGGCCUACUAUGGUGCCAUUAGCAUUGGUACUCCAGCCCAGUCCUUUAAGGUGUUGUUCGAUUCGGGUUCCUCGAAUUUGUGGAUUCCAUCGAAUACAUGCCAGAGCACGGCUUGCCUAUCCCACAACCAAUACGACUCAAGUGCCAGUUCCACAUAUGUGGCCAAUGGUGAAAGCUUCUCCAUUCAAUAUGGCACUGGCAGUCUGACUGGCUAUCUCUCCACGGAUACAGUAGAUGUCAAUGGCCUGAAAAUCGUGAGCCAAACCUUUGCCGAAUCCACCAAUGAGCCAGGAACCAAUUUCAAUAAUGCCAACUUUGAUGGCAUUUUGGGUAUGGCCUACAAGAGUCUGGCUGUGGACAGUGUCACGCCUCCUUUCUAUAACAUGGUAUCCCAGAGUCUGGUCGACAGUUCCGUCUUCUCCUUCUACUUGGCUCGUGAUGGUUCUGCCACCGAUGGCGGUGAACUGAUCUUUGGUGGUUCAGAUGCUUCUCUUUACACCGGUGAUUUGACCUAUGUUCCCAUCUCGGAGCAGGGUUAUUGGCAAUUCGAAAUGACCAGCGCCUCAUUCGAUGGUUACACCUUGUGCGAUGAUUGUCAGGCUAUUGCCGAUACUGGCACCUCUCUGAUUGUGGCUCCCUAUGAGGCCUACGAAAUUCUCAGCGAACUCCUCAAUGUUGAUGAUGACGGUUUGGUCGACUGCUCAACCGUUAGCUCUUUGCCCGAUCUUACCUUCAACAUUGGCGGCACUGACUUCACUCUGAAACCCUCGGCCUACAUCAUUCAAUCCGAUGGCAAUUGCAUGUCAGCCUUUGAGUACAUGGGCACCGAUUUCUGGAUUCUAGGUGAUGUCUUCAUUGGUCAGUAUUACACUGAAUUCGAUUUGGGUAACAAUCGCAUUGGUUUUGCUCCAGUUGCCUAA